CUGAUAUUAUUCUACUGUACUGACUGUACACCACAAAUGUCAUUUACAAUUGGCUGUGAAAGUGAAUAUUUAUUUUUGUGUGUCAACCUAAUCGUGCUUAGUGUAAUGCAGUGUAAUCAAGUGUAAUCAUCGCUCGCAUUGAUAUUGUAUCGAAUAAUAGUCGUGCAUGGUUGUACAUUAUUUGUUACGGUUCCACUGGCACCAUGAUAUUGUGAGUUUAUGGAUACAAAGUCUAUCCUAAAAUAAAGACACUUUAAAUAAAUAAAAUAUCAUCUUCGGUAAUACGAAUAUGGAUGACGAUGAUCAAUAUCAAGCUGCCUAUGAUGUAGGAUCAUUUCCUAAAGAUUUUGGGUAUGCACCUUUCGAUGGCGAAACAGAAGGAUCUAUGGACCCUUUGGCGGGCGAACAAAAGCCUAGAAUACUUUUAAUGGGUCUUCGAAGGAGCGGAAAAUCAUCUAUACAAAAAGUAGUUUUCCAUAAGAUGUCGCCAAACGAAACGUUAUUUUUGGAAAGCACAAAUAAGAUUAUUAAGGAUGACAUAAGUAACUCUAGUUUUGUUCAGUUUCAAAUUUGGGACUUUCCAGGACAAAUUGACUUCUUUGAUCCUACUUUCGACAGCGACAUGAUAUUUGGCGGUUGUGGAGCAUUGGUUUUCGUUAUUGAUGCUCAAGAUGAUUAUAUGGAAGCGCUUAACAAACUUCAUUUAACGGUUACAAAAGCAUACAAAGUUAAUCAAGCUAUCAAAUUUGAAGUGUUUAUACAUAAAGUUGACGGUCUAUCCGACGAUUGUAAAAUGGAAACUCAAAGGGAUAUACAUACCAGGGCGAACGAUGACCUCGCGGACUCUGGGUGUGAUCAAAUACAUCUAAGUUUUCAUCUGACAUCCAUAUACGAUCAUAGCAUAUUUGAAGCAUUUAGUAAAGUUGUUCAAAAAUUGAUACCGCAAUUACCGACUCUAGAAAAUUUACUCAACAUACUUAUAUCUAAUUCUGCGAUCGAGAAAGCAUUUUUAUUUGAUGUAGUAUCGAAAAUUUAUAUUGCAACUGAUAGCUCUCCCGUAGAUAUGCAAAGUUACGAACUCUGUUGCGACAUGAUCGAUGUCGUUAUCGAUGUAUCUUGCAUAUAUGGUUUAAGAGAGGAUUUGGAAGCUGCAGCGUUCGAUAGUCAAAGUUCCAGUCUAAUUAAACUAAAUAAUGGAACGAUUUUGUACUUGCGAGAAGUUAAUAAAUUUUUAGCUCUAGUCUGUAUUUUACGAGAAGAUAAUUUCGACAGACAAGGUAUGUAUUUUAGAACAAAUGUACAAAGAAAUAUAACGAUAAUAUUAUACUCGGUCUUUUCAAUUUUCUCGUUUUUCUUUGCAGGUGUAAUCGAUUACAACUUUCUUUGCUUUCGUAAAGCCAUACAACAAGUCUUUGAAUUACGCAAUAAGGCUUUAGCUUCUAUAAAUGUUAAUAAUCAUUCGACGUCUCCCGUUAAUGAAACUUCGAAUGCACCUGCGGUGUCGCAAAGUGGAACCAUGGGCCAAAAUGGUACUGUUGUAAUCGCGCAAAGUUAACCUCUACGUUAAUGCUCAGAAUUUUUAUUUGAACCUUACAACAGAAACUAAGUUUCUUUCAUACAUAUUUUUUCACUCUUACGUUACAUGUUGGUAAUAAUAUCUCGCAUAAUCGUAUUAUUCGGGACUUAAUCUCAUACAUAUUUAGUUAACGCAAGAUGUAAUUACUUUAUUACUUAAUAUAAAUUUUUUAAAUGAAUCUAGAAACGUGAAUGUAUAUAUGUUAUUACUAUCUAUUAAAA